AUGCACUCACGAUUCUCCUCUUCCAAUGUGGGGAAGGCGCUCUACUCGCGAUUGACGGAUAAGAAUGAGGAGACUCCUAGUCGUCGGACGAGCUCUCGCUCCGCCUCUGCUGUUACCCUCAAUAACAACCUUGGUCGUCAGCGUCGCUGCACGCCCAGGUCCUCCAUUGCCCGUAGCAAAAAGGGCACGGUUCAUAAUACAAUCGCUGCCAACGGACCCGAUGCUGAUGCUACCGCCAACAAAACUAGCAAUAGUUCAAGGGGUAAUGAUAACAAGGGUGACUCCGUGCGUCUAGGACCGCUUCACAUUGACAUCACCUCCCCCACAUCGACAACUAGCAGCGGUAGAAAGAGUGGUGAUGACAUGGUUUUGCAACGCAACGACGCGAAGGAAAAUGGUCUUCGAAUUUCCAAUGGAGAGGCUACUUCGGUGCUCUCCGCCGAUAAAACAUUCCCAGUUAUAUUGCCGAAAAACAACAGCAAUACUGUCGCCAAGUCCAUUACGACUUCAUCAGCUCCAAAACGGGAUCUCUUUAGUAUCGCGGCACUGACGGCGGUUGAGGAGAACGAGGAGGCGUCUCCGCUGGGGAAGCCAUCUCAAGAGCAGCAUCAAUCACAAAUCCAUUUGCCUCAACUGUCGCAACCACCACAGCCGCGUCAAAAUGGUCAUCUGUUGACACCGGCACAGUGGUUGGAGCGUCUAUCAUGCCGAGGUGCAGAAAUGGCAUUGAAUAAAGGUGGAUUUGGGGUGGCAGAGGAAGAAUUGCGUCAGCUCACCCAUCUUCUAUUUACGGACCGAGCUUUUACGGAACAAGUUGCCCGAUUACCACCUGUAGCUCAGAUCAUGGCGAUCUACCAUCAGCAACAACAAGAACAUUUACGACAGCAGCACCAGCGAUCCCAGAUUCCCUCCUCCUGUUCUCCCUCCACCGUUCAGUCUUUCGCAAAAACCUUUAAUCCUCAACAGAAUUCUGUGAGUGCAGGUGUACCGCCAACCGCUGCAAUGGAUUCCUCUGUCCCCCUAACCAAUAAAGCGUUUCCACCGUCAUCACAUCCACCCCUGCCUUUCACACCACCCAUUGCUUCUUCUUCUUCUUCUGCUGCUGUUGUUUCUAUUACUACUGCCACAACCACCACUACUGCCAAUCGCACCAGCAGUGCAACUAAUUUCCCAACUCCGGUGAACUCUACUCCCGCCUCAGUGACGACGCCAAUUCAUCCACCACCACUCCCUCACUCACCAGCCUUCUUCAACUCCACUGCUGUUGCUGCUGCCCUUGCUGCUGGCCUACGAUCAACUGCACCCGUCUUCCAAGGACAAGCACAGUCACUUUCGACAGGGCAGUUUCUUCCUGCGCCUUCUAUCUCGACGGCGGGCACGUCAAUUCCUUCUGCCCCUCCUUCGCUGUCACAUCAUCCCUUCAUGGCAAAUCCACCGCAUCUGUCCACUCUAUGGAGCCACCACCAUCUUCCGCGUCUCCAACCGCCUGCUCCAGAUUUUCCCUACUUAUUGAGUCCACAUCUCCAUCCCCAAUCCGUCCCACCAUCCAGUAAUCCGGCAAACGCCCGCAAAGCAAUGCCAGUUGUGGAUGCAGUAGACCUUACUUCAGUGGCUGGCGGAGGAAACGGGGUUGGCAAUAUGAAAAGAUCUGCGGGUGCAAGACUCUCAGUUCCGCAGUCACUCUUGAAUUUCCCGAAUUUCUGGGCACAUCAGCGCUCUCCAGUCGCUAUCGCUACCCCGAUUCAGCAACCACAACCUCAGCCAUCCCCAUCUGCAAGUCGACGACCUCAUCAAUUACCUCGUUUUCGGGAUCUCUUUCGCAUCGAGGGGGUGCUUUCAAAUCGCGGUGCGACAGCGCAUCUUCGAAUCUGUUACCAUAUCAUGAUGGACAAGACACACGGUCUGAAGUCGGUGAACCCCUCAAACCCUUGGUGGUAUGUUGAACCAAGUGCCACCUUGUCUCAACCAAAACCACGUGAACGGCCCCCACCCCCGCCACACUUGUCGCACCACCAGACAAUACCGCGCUUCCCCAACUACGAGCAGUUCAUGCGAACAGCGUUGGGAGGUGGUGGUGCUAGUGGUAAUUGUGCUGUGCCAUCGCUACCACCUCACCCCAUUGCAAUCGAUUUGACGCGGUCACCUCCACCUCAUUUGGCAGGUCUAGCGAUAUCAUCGGUUCGAAAACCGUUACAACACCCGGAGUUGCCUCGCUCUGUAGAUCCGGUGACAGCGGUAAAGUUAUUACAACAGCAGCGGCAGCAGCAGCAACAGGAAACAGAGCUGAUGAUGGCCCUGAAACGACGUCGAGUAAUGCCGGAGGGUGGAUCGUUAGUCUCUUCACCACUACCUCCGCCACCUAUGCAGCCUCCACCACAGCUGUUGCCUCCGCCACACUAUCAGAACGGGGGAAUACGGAUGCCACUGAGUUUUCCCUUCUCUCCAUCACAUUUCCGCCACCCGUUAUGA